GUGCAGGCUGCAGCUCAUUCACAGUACAGCAGAACUGCACAGCAUAGCACAGCUCUUUGGACUCGCACAACUUUUUUUUUCCUGCUCUAUCAUGGUUCCAGUGAGGUUCCCCAUUGACCAUCACCUGGCCACCGGGGUGCCCUGAUGAGCGUUAGAUAUAACUCCAAGUGGGAUGACAGAGGGGACAACUUUUUAUACGUUUAAAACAAGAGCGCUUCUUUUUUUUUUAUAGCGUCAUUAGUGCAGCGAUCAAGAUGAUGUCCGCGAUAGAGACGGGUGCCGCCGUUUACCAGCCGGCCCAGCUGCUGAACUGGAUGUGCAUGUCUCUGCAGGAAAGCCAGACCAAUGCCUUCGAUGCGUUCAGACCCGGGUCCGAGGGCUUUUUGGAUCUCCACACCGCAAAACGCUGUGCAGCUGAGCUGAGCUCUCCGCUCCACUCCAACUAUCUGAACAGCUUUUUGCAGCUCAAGAGUGAGGCCUUGAACAACAGCCCCCAGCUCUACAAGAGCCCCUCCCCGUACGGGUCCCUGCACAACAUCGCCGAGGGUCCGAGCUCGCUGACGGACCCCUUCUCCGAGCUGUGCCUCUCGUCAUCGCCCACACGCAGGCUCAACAAACGGCCGCCGCCCAACUACCUCUGCCACCUCUGCUUCAACAAGGGACACUACAUCAAAGACUGCCCUCAGGCUCGUCCCAAGGGAGAGGGGCUCACCCCGUACCAGGGGAAGAAGAGGUGUUUCGGGGAGUACAAGUGCCCCAAGUGCAAGAGGAAGUGGAUGAGCGGGAAUUCCUGGGCCAACAUGGGACAAGAAUGUAUCAAGUGCCACCUCAACGUGUACCCGCACAAGCAGCGACCUCUAGAGAAACCCGAUGGCCUGGACGUGUCUGACCAGAGCAAGGAGCACCCCCAACACCUUUGUGAGAAAUGCAAAGUGCUCGGCUACUACUGCCGGCGAGUACAAUAACCAUCACCAGGAAAACAGACCCCUCUGGGUUUUAAUUUGAGUGGGUUCUUUUUGAAAUGACCACACCCUGUAUUCAGUCCCAGGUCAAACCUGUUCUGGCUCAUGGUCGCUUCUUUUUGUUAUUUCGGUUGGGCCCUGGUCAUUAUGUGAAGGACUCCAUGGUUGAAGUUAGGGAACUAAGAACAAUGUGACUUGACAAGCUGUGAAUUAAGAAAGGUUGGAUUAGCCGCUUUCUUUUCAUCAUGUUUAGACAUGUUUUGAAGAGGUUCCGCUUCUUUUUAUAUAUUUGGUUUUGAGUUACAUUUGUAUAUUUCAGAAGUAACAAAAAGUUGUCUACCAAGGUAUUUUCUGUAUAAAAUAUGAAACAAAUCUCUACUAAUGUUUUAAUAAGAUGUAUCUGUAUUGUCAGUGUUUUCAGAUGGUACAUAACUUUUUUUAAGGUCAAUAAUGCUUUCUGUAUUACUGCUUUCAUGAAUAUGCUAUCAUACUAACCAUUAUUUUAAAAUGCAUAUGUAAUAAUUUUCCUGUUCAGCCAAAGAGUAAGAACAUAUAGAGGUAUAUUUUGUAUAUUAUCCACACUUAAGAUGAGUAGACAUUUUUCGUCUACUUUUAUUGGAUUGCGUGUCAAGGAAACAUAUUGUUAAAUGAUCAAUGAACCAGACUGUUUAUAACCUGUAAUUGUAUGAUACAUUAACUCCCUCAGUGCCUUUGACUAACCUAUAUGUGAGGGUUGGUAGUAUAUAUGCAUUAAACUAUAUUAAGAGGGAUGAA